AUGCUCUAUCAUGUCCUCUUCCUAUUUAUGUGGAUUGCGGCCAUACACACAAACACGAUCGGAUGCACUUUAAUCUAUUCGAUUGCCAUAGUGGUAUACAACGAGGGUGGUCUGGCAGCUAUCCCGGUAGUCAAGAAUCUUAUCGGAGCUAUCGGUCUCGGCUGCUAUUGUUGGGGGACAACGAUAAUUCUUGAUGGCGGCAAAGAGUUACAUGGACUGAAAGCCAUCGCAGUACUGAUGAUAGCUGCAAUUUUUGCCACUACUGGCCAUGCUCAGGAUUUCCGUGAUCGCUCCGCUGAUACCACACGGGGCCGCAAAACAAUACCGCUACUGCUGUCCCAGCCUGUAGCUCGCUGGUCACUGGCCGCGAUAACGGUCGCGUGGACCAUAGGGUUGAUUGCCUUGUGGAAACCACCGGCUAUAGUUACUCUGGCAUACGUUGCUGCGGGUAUGCGGUGUCUGGGUGGUUUCCUCUCCAGCUAUGACGAGAAGGACGAUUAUGUCUCUUAUUGCUGUUUUGGCUUCUUGGUAGCAACAUACUACCUAUCUUCCCUCGUUUGA